AUGUCUUUUGGCCGUUUGUACCUGAAGUCCCUGUACCAGAAAUUUACGGAGUAUAUUGAAGAAGUCACUCUGGAAGAGCGUUGGGGCGAUUUGACAGUCACGGAGAAGGAUAGUAUCUGUGGUGAACUUAAAUCGACUGUCGCCAAAAUGUCUCAUUUACAACAGCCACCCAAUGACCGAUUUAUAGGUAGGGCCGCUGCUUAUCAUACUCGAGGAUCAUGCCAGACAACCGCCGCCACUGCGAGAUAUGGUAUUACUGGUACAAGCUUUCCCUCUGCUGGUCCUUUCUCUUCAACAAGUGAACUUCACGAUUGUAUGUCCAACAUUUUCAAAUGGCCAGCCAAGGCUAGAAACCUUGAUCUUGAUCUCGCCGAUGUGAUAGAUUCAUAUCAAAAGAUGUUCCCAGAUGAUACGCCUAUCCAUUUCAUCCAUGCCCAUCUUAACCCUGCAAAUAUCAUGGUGUCUCGAGAUUCACCUUGUCGUAUUAGGGAUGUUUUGAAAGCUGAGAUGAAUAUGAGAUGGGGUUUAUGGCAGGUUGAGUACUUGACCAAAGUGCUAGAUAACCCAGAUCCGGAUUACUAUGAAGGAUUUCACUUUUAUGUUCAGUCAUUUGAGCCUAUAUAG